AUGUCUAGCCAUGACUCUCCCACCUCAAAGUUUCUAUCUGCCACUCAUUAUCUUUCUCAUGGUCAUCAUCAGGCCUCCUCUACCACAAAAUAUCUCUUUUCUGUGGCCAUUACAGUUCCAAAGACCCAACGAACGAUAGGUAUUAAGAUAACUGAUUUAAAUCCUCAUUUAACCUGCAUUUUAUGUGGUGGAUAUUUUAUCGAUGCCACAACCAUCAUCGAAUGCCUUCACCCGUUUUGUCGUGCUUGUAUAGUGCGUUACUUAGAAUCCAGUAAAUUCUGCCCCAUUUGUGAAGUGAUGGUUCAUAAAACUAGACCCCUACAGAAUAUCAGAGAAGCUGAAACAGCAAUUCUGAUCUCUCUCCAUUAUGGCUGUGCAUUCCUUAUUGCUUUUUUUCUUUACUUUUCCUUUUUUCUUUUGUUUUUCUUUUUUCCUUAUCUUUUUUCCUUUUCUUUUUUCCUUUUCCUUUUUCCUUUUCUGUUUUUCUUUUCCUUUUUCCUUUUCUGUUUUUCUUUUCCUUUUUCCUUUUUUUUUCCUUUUUUUCUUUUUUUCUUUUCUUUUUCAUUUUCUUUUUUCCUUAUCUUUUUUUGUUUUCUUUUUCCUUUCGUGUUUUUUCUUUUUUUUUCCUUUUCCCUUUUCCUUUUCUUUUUUCCUUUUUCUUUUCUUUUUUUGCAUAUUAUAACAAAGGUAGUGAAGCAAAAAUUAAGAGCCCCAUUUCCACAAAAUAUUUUUUUGCCCUCUCUCCUCUCUUUCAUUCCUACUGUUUCUUUCUCUUCCUUCAUUUUCACUCCCUCAUGGUAUCACUCGGCACUCUCUUAUCUCUCACAAUUGUUUGUCUCUUUUGUUGCUCCUCCUACUCCUCUUUUCAAUUCAUCCACACUUACAAUAGUUUACCCUCUUACCUUCCUACUGUUUCUCUCUUUUCCUUCAUAUUCACUCCCUCAGAGUAUCACUCAGUACCCUCUCAUCUCUCACAACUGUUCAUCACCUACCAACUCUUUUUGUCCCUUCCAUUACUCCUCCCACUCUUUUUUUCAAUUCAUCCUCACUUUUCCCCUCUUGCUUCCUCUCUUUCCUUCUGUUUUUUACUCUCUCCUCUUACCAUCCCUCAUAUCUGUUUAUCAGCUCUCUUCCUUCUCCUCUCUUUCAGUUAUAUUUUCAUUGUUGAUUAUUCAUUUCUCUCUUUCUUCUUCCAACUCUCUUACUCCUCAGUCUCUCUCUCCCACUCUCCCUUGUGGUAUCAACCUAUUCCUCUUCCUUUCUCACAAUUAUAAAAUAGUCCUCUUUCUAUCCCUCUAUCCUCCCCUUAAGCACAUUCCUGUCUCUUCUAUUCUUUCUUCCCCACUCCCUUUAUACACUAACUCCUUCAACACCUGCUUGCUACCAAACUGCAUCUGA